GGCAAUCUGGAUUUUCAUCCAUUAACAAAAGUGGAUUAUUUGUAACCAUAAACUCGAGAAAAUCUGAUUCACUUUUAUAUUAUAAUCAGACAUAUACAUUUUUUAAGAAUAUGAAAUACAAAAUAAAUACCAACAGAUGCACAACCUUCCUCUUAUCAGUAGAGGAAGGUUUCAAAUUUACUUCUUGUCAGACUUGUUUUAAGUUAAGUAGCAAUUUACAUUUUCCACGGCUUUAUUGUCUCCUUUAAGUAUUUUUAAAAUUAGUGUGAGAAAUGAGUGUAAAUACAAGAACCAAACUGAAGUUAGACGUAUGGAAAGGGGAUUGGGGUUUGCCAUCAAUCGACUUGGACUGUCUUAGAUUCAUGACCUAUAUUAAAUUUUCGGGUUUGGAACUGGAAGUGAAUGCGACUAGCAAUCCGUUCUGGGCGCCGGAUGGUAAGCUGCCUGUCCUACGUUUAAACACGAAGAACAUCACCAAAUACGAGGAUCUAGUGCAGUACAUAACAUCUCGUGAUUCGAAUCCCGACCAUGGCUUAUCCAACAAACAGCAGGGUGAAAUAGAAGCAUUUACGAGUUUAAUGAAAGAAAAACUAUACCCCGCUUUACAAUAUGUUUGUUGGAUAGAUGCAAAAAAUAGUAAUGGAGUCAUUAGACCAUGGUAUAGUAAGGCGAUACCAUUUCCAUUUAGUUUCUACUAUCCAGGACAAAUGGCAACUAACGCUCAAGAAAUGAUCACAACAUUGUAUGAAAACAUCGAAUUAGAUAAAGAUAUUGAAGCGAAGGUCUACAGUGAUGCUCAAAAAUGUCUAACGACUUUAUCAGUUAGGCUAGGAGAUAAUGAUUUCAUGUUUGGAGCACAUCCGACUUCAAUUGAUGCAACAAUGUUUGCAUUCCUUGCACCGCUGCUCAAAGCACCUCUUCAGAAUGUUUCGCUUCAGAAUCAUUUAAAAGCCUGCCCCAAUCUUCACCAUUUUGUCUCAAGGAUAAAUCAAAGAUAUUACUCUAAAGAUUACUAUGAUUAUGAAAAUAAAAGGAAAGAGGAAGCCAAAUCUCAGCAGCAUAAAGAUUCUGAAUUUCCACAUAAAACUAGAAAUCAACUUUUGGCUGUUCUCUUUGCGGCGAUUGCAAUGUUUAGUUAUGCCUUACAUGCUGGAAUUGUAGAGCGCGAGCCAAUCGAAGGUGACCACUUCACACAAGAAGAUCCGUACAGUCAUGAAGGAGAAGACUAGGCCCAAUAUAAAUUGUCAUCUUACAUUUCUUGUAGGAUAAUGUUAUAGUCACUAAUUAUAGUACUGUAUAUAUUGAACUGAAAAAUUAUUUUGACUGUUAAGAAAAAACUUUUUUUUUUGUAAUGAGAUUGUGAUUUAUACAUUUUUCUUUUGUAUGGAAAUUCUUUUUACAUGUCAAUAAGUUUGUAUAGUAAUUUAAUUUUGGUUUGGUUUUUUAGUAAUUUAUCCAAUAAAUCCUUAAUUAUUUUGGAA